AUGACGCUAGACCUGACGCACCAAGUCCUCGCCUCUCGCGAUGUCCAAACCCGCAUUUUGCACGGCGAUGGUGACCCCUCAACAGCUCCGACCGUCCUUCGCCAAAUGCUAUACGAACUACUCCUCUUCUUUGCGUCAACUUACGAAGCCGAAUUUGGUCUCACAACAGGUCCUCCGCUCCAUGAUCCUCUUGCAGUAGCCGCUGUUAUUUCAACCCUUAACCCGGACUUCGCUAGGAGAUAUCCCGAGCAGGCUUUAAAGUUUGAUGACCGCAACGGCGAGCGGUUUGCAGUCACCGUCGUUACAGAUGGACUUCAUGGAACAGAUGUCGCUAUGGUAGGACAGCUCGGCCGUUCAGUAGUGUCCAGUCACGCUACUGGGGUCACCAUUCCCCGCGGAGUUGAUAUUGAUGCGUUCUGGAAUAUUAUUGUGGACUGUAUCAGGCGGGCAGAUGAGUUGAAUAGUGCGCGGACAGCAGCUUAAGCCCGCAUGCGCUGUAACUUCAGGUUACGGAGAAUAUUCACAGCACAUAUAGUUGAUAGAGAGUAUAUACACUACAGAUGGCACAAG